CAAGCAUUUGGAUGUGUGUUCCAGAAUAGCAGACAGGAGAAGAGGCGGAGGAGCGGGGAAGGGACAGUUUUGCCGCCAUCAUGCAGCGAAGCAUCAUGUCGUUUUUCCACCCCACGAAAGAGGGCAAAGCAAAGAAGCCGGAGGAGACACCCAGCAGCGCCAGGGAGACCGAGCCCCCUCCAAAGGUGGCGCUGAAGGAGCGGAACGGAGUGGUGCCUGAGAGCGACUCUCCGGUGAAGAGGUCGGGCAGGAAGACGGCCCGGGUCCUGUGCAGUGAAGGGGAGGAGGAGGAGGACGAUGAAGCCAUCACGUCCUCCAAAGGCCAGAAGCCUGCCCCCAGCUCUCCACAAGUGUCCCCUCCCGCUCCUGUCACGUCCCCUGAGAGCAGCCCGUCCCUCGCCGGCACCUCUCCGGCAGCGACCAUCUCCCCGUCGGGGAUCCCGAAGCGGCUCACAGCUCGAAAGCAGUUUUCUAAACGGAAGAUUCAGGAUGUCCUAGAAGAGCACGGCACGGACAAGGGCCAGGAAGCCAAGAGGAAGAAGGCGGAGGAAGAAGCAGAGACCCCAACAGAAAACCUCCCAGAACCAGAAGGGGCCAAAGAGAAGAAAGCAGAAGAGGGGGACCUGCCCAUGAUGCCCCCCGAGCCCCAAAACGCCUGCAAAGCUGAGCCUCCGACAGAAAGCGGCUCAGAGCCCAUGGAGGUGGCGAAGCAGGAACCCCAGGACGAGGAGCAAGCCAAGCCGCCCCCCAGAGCUCCCAAGAUGCUCAGCAGUUUCUUCACCCCCCGGAAGCCGGCAGUCAAACAGGAAGUGAAAGAAGAGGGGCCUGGCACCCCAAGAAAGGAGGCGUCCAAGGGACUCUCCCACUCGGAUGUGAGCUCCAGGUUAGCAAACUAUUUUCAUUUACUUCCGGGCCUAGAACAGUGCCUGGCCAUGGCAGGUGCUCAGGAAACGUUAGUCGGAGGAGCGGGCUUCUCUUCAACCCAGCAUCUGUCCCUGGCCUGGCAGUCCCUCUCCUCCUCCUCCAGGCUCCGGAUGGUGGAGACGCUGAGCAACUUGCUUCGCUCCGUGGUGGCCCUGUCGCCCCCAGACCUCCUCCCCAUCCUCUACCUCAGCCUCAACUGCCUCGGGCCCCCCCAGCAGGGCCUGGAGCUGGGCGUCGGGGAUGGUGUCCUCCUCAAGGCGGUGGCCCAGGCCACAGGUCGGCAGCUCGAGUUGGUGCGGGCUGAGGCUGCCGAGACGGGCGACGUGGGGCUGGUGGCCGAGAACAGCCGCAGCACCCAGAGGCUCAUGCUGCCCCCGCCCGCCCUCACUGCCUCCGGGGUCCUCGCCAAGUUCCGAGACAUCGCCCGGCUCACUGGCAGCGCUUCCACAGCCAGGAAGAUGGACAUCAUUAAGGGCCUCUUUGUGGCCUGCCGCCACUCAGAAGCCCGAUUCAUCACCAGAGCCCUGAGUGGACGGUUGCGCCUGGGGCUGGCAGAGCAGUCGGUGCUGGCCGCCCUCGCCCAGGCCGUGAGCCUCACGCCUCCAGGCCAAGAAUUCCCCCCGGCCGUGGUGGAUGCUGGGAAGGGCAAGACAGCAGAAGCCAGAAAGACGUGGCUGGAGGAGCAAGGCAUGAUCCUGAAGCAGACGUUCUGCCAGGUGCCUGACCUGGACCGGAUCGUCCCGGUGCUGCUGGAGCAUGGCCUGGAGGGGCUCCCGGAGCACUGCAAGCUGAGUCCAGGGGUCCCCCUGAAACCAAUGUUGGCCCACCCGACCCGGGGCGUCAGCGAGGUCCUGAAGCGCUUCGAUGAGGCAGCCUUCACUUGCGAGUACAAAUACGACGGGCAGAGGGCACAGGUUGGGGGGCGGGUGCAUCCCUUCAGCAGAAGGGACAGGGCCGGAGAGCAGGGCGUGGGGGCAGCAGACCCAGCCCAGGCCCGGCCCCCACAGAUUAAACUCCCGUCGGUCACGUCUUUCAUCCUGGACACAGAAGCCGUGGCUUGGGACCGGGAGAAGAAGCAGAUACAGCCGUUCCAAGUGCUCACCACCCGCAAACGCAAGGAGGUGGAUGCAGCGGAGAUCCAGGUGCAGGUGUGUUUGUACGCCUUCGAUCUCAUCUACCUCAACGGAGAGUCCCUGGUCCGAGAGCCCCUUUCCCGACGCCGGCAGCUGCUCCGGGAGAACUUCGUGGAGACGGAGGGCGAGUUUGUCUUCGCCACCUCCCUGGACACCAAGGACAUGGACCAGAUCGCGGAGUUCUUGGAGCAGUCGGUGAAAGUGCCCCUCGAGGGGCUGAUGGUGAAAACCCUGGACGUCGAUGCCACCUACGAGAUCGCCAAGAGAUCACACAACUGGCUCAAGACUGUAAGCUGCUCUGAGGGCAGGAACCUUUCCUGUCUCGACACAGCCCCUAUGCACCCCCAAGGCCGAGCUCCUGCCCGGCUCACAGUUGGCACUAACUAUCUGCCCCUCUCUCUACCUCUGUCAGUCUUAAUUUCUCGUCUCGGCUCCCAGGGACUCUGUCUUGCGUUUAUUCCUUCUCCCAUUUCUCCCCACCCCCCACUCCUGGCUCUGUACUUUAAGGAGUGUCUGUGUCUCUGUCUUCCCCCAUUUACCUCACUUCCCAACCCCCAACCCUCCAUCUUGAUUCUGAGGCCCGAGACCCUCUCUUCCACCUCCCGCUGCUCCCUGCAGGCCCGGGUGCUGCCCGCCCCUCGCUCCUACGUCCGGGCAGACGGCGCCGUGGCCCCGGACCACUGGCUGGAGCCCAGCACCGGCUGGGNGGUCAGGUGUGCGGACCUCUCCCUCUCGCCCAUCUACCCCGCUGCCCGCGGCCUGGUGGACAGUGAGAAGGGCAUCUCCCUUCGCUUCCCUCGGUUUGUCCGCGUCCGUGAAGACAAGACGCCGGAGCAGGCCACCACCAGUGCCCAGGUGGCCUGGCUGUACAAGAGGCAGAGUCAGAUUCAGAACCAGGAGGACACAGACCAAGACUCCGACCCGGACCUGGAGUGUUUCUACUAGGCCCUGCCCUCCGGGCUGGGGCGGGGCCAGCGCCUCUGGCGUUAAUACGCAGAUC